UGGGAAGAUGAAAGUUGAUUAAAAGCAAAGGGUUGUGGUUGCUUUUCAUGUAGGUAUCAAAUAUAGUACAGAGAUGAGAAGUUAUAAUCCGUUUAAGAAGGUUUUGUGUUGAAGAAGUAGUCAAUUGCUUUGCUCAUUUUUUAAAGAUGGGCCACGCGAAAUACAUCUUUCCUGCUGUGUUGGGAUCAUUUGCAGUGGCAUGGGCAUUUGACCAUUUUGUUGCUGACAAGAAGAUAUUUGGAGGAACUACUCCAUCAACUGUUGCAAACAAAGAAUGGUGGGAAGCAACUGACAAGAAGUUCCAGGCAUGGCCUCGCACUGCCGGUCCUCCUGUGGUCAUGAAUCCCAUCAGUCGUCAGAAUUUCAUUGUGAAGUCAGGCACCGAUGAAUGAAUCUUCAACAUCUUCACUUACUUUAUCUCUGUAAUGUAAUGUGAUGACACUUUUUUAGUGUGGUUUGGUUGCUGUGAAUUUUGAAUCCUCUAGAUCAUAAUGUCACUUAAACAAAUCCUGAAUCACGAAUAAAUGAUCUUUUUUAUUUGUUUCA